CUGAGAACUUUCUCGUUUACCUCUUCAUACUGCCCACCAAUUCUUCCCAGAAAGUUUCGUUUUCUUUUCCCGGAAAAUUUAAAUGGCUGAGAAAAGCAAGAUUCUGAUCAUCGGAGGAACUGGGUACAUCGGAAAAUUCGUUGUUGAAGCAAGCGCAAAGGCUGGCCACCCCACCUUUGCUCUGGUCCGAGAAAGCACAGUUUCUGAUCCCGUUAAGGGAAAACUCGUCGAGAGCUUCAGGAACCUCGGUGUCACUCUGAUCUAUGGAGAUAUGUAUGAUCAUGAAGGAUUAGUGAAGGCAAUAAAGCAGGUGGAUGUGGUGAUAUCGACUGUGGGACACAUGCAGAUAGGUGAUCAGGUUAAGAUCAUUGCUGCCAUUAAAGAAGCUGGAAAUGUUAAGAGAUUUUUCCCGUCAGAGUUUGGGAACGAUGUGGAUCAUGCUCAUGCUGUUGAGCCAGCAAAAUCUGCAUUCGCAUUCAAGGCCCAAAUUCGCCGUACUGUUGAGGCAGAAGGAAUUCCUUACACAUACGUGUCCGCCAACUGCUUUGCUGCCUAUUUCCUCCCAACAUUGAUGCAGCUGGGAGCCACUGCUCCACCAAGAGAUAAAGUUACCAUCUUAGGGGAUGGAAAUCCCAAAGCUGUAUUUAAUGAGGAACAUGACAUUGGCACCUUUACCAUCAAAGCUGUGGAUGACCCAAGAACAUUGAACAAGAUCCUCUAUAUCAGGCCCCCAAAAAACACUUACUCAUUCAAUGAGCUUGUUGCCUUAUGGGAGAAGAAGAUUGGUAAAACUCUCGAGAAAAUCUAUGUUUCAGAGGAACAGCUUUUGAAACAGAUUGAAGAGAGUCCACUUCCAGUCAAUAUUAUAUUAGCAAUCAACCACUCAAUUUUUGUUAAGGGAGAUCACACCAACUUUGAGAUUGAGCCAUCUUUCGGGGUUGAAGCUUCUGAGCUUUAUCCGGAUGUCAAGUACACCACUGUGGAAGAAUAUCUUGAUCAGUUUGUUUGAGAGAGAGAUUCAAGCUUUUGCGUUUGUUGUUGCAUCUUGAGAUUAAUAAUUGAUUACCACUAUAGGGAAUCUUCUGAGUUAUGUUUGGCGUAUCGUCUUGUUAUUGUGGGGAACUUGUUAAAAGAUGUUAUUACUUAAACUUCUGCAGUUUCAUAUCAAUGGCAAAGUUCUAUCUUCUUGUGAGA